CCCCGGACGGACUGACUCACUUUCUCUCGCUCGUCUCUCGCGUCUUUCACCCCAGUGUCCAACUGUUGUCUUUUCUCCCCAUCUUGGGGAUCUUAAUUCUGAUUCUCUCCCCCUAAAUCUCCCCCCUAGACAAUUGCCCUCCAGUCAUCCAUCAUGGCCACCCCCCUCCUCGUCUCGUACGACCCCGCUUCCCCCUCCUCCGGCCUUUCCCUCAAGCAGAUCGCCUACUUCGGCCGCGUCCUCGUCAAGGUUUCCAGCCUUGCUCAAGCCGAGGAUUUCCUCAAGCGCAACUUCCGCCUCCUUGAUGUCUAUGUUGACGCUACUGCCAUUACCUCCACUGGAGACCUCGUCGAUAUCCUCAAUGCCGGCGCUGCCAAGAUCUUCAUCUCCCUUACCCAAUUGACGGCUCUGUCCCAAGAACAGUCCGUCCCGUCAUCACGUCUCGUUGUCUAUGCCGCCGAGAGCCAGGUGGAUGCUUUCAAGACCUGGGUUGGCGAGUCCACCGAACACAAGGAUGCUGGCUUGUCGACCGACUCGUCUGCCGUCAAGGCCAUCGCUGAGAAGCUUGGCAUGAACUUGGAAGCCCAGAACUUGUACCGCACAUACACUAGCACCCCCACGGAGGAGACGCUUAAGGACACCCUGGCCCAAGGUGGUGUCAGCGUUGUGUCUGCCGAUGCAUUGACCUUUGAGCACAAGGAACCCAACGGCAAGAUCGUCGCCGCCUCUCUUAUCGCCGCUCGUGCUGUCGCAGACCAGAGCAACGGUCUCUACGCCACCACAGUGACUGAUGAGCGUGGAACAUGUCUGGGACUGGUGUGGAGCAACGACGAGAGCAUUGCCGAGGCCCUCCGUACUGGCACCGGUGUGUACCAGAGCCGGAAGCGUGGUCUUUGGUACAAGGGUCAGUCGAGCGGAGACGUGCAGGAGCUGAUCCGCGUCGGCUUUGACUGCGACAGCGAUUGCUUGGUCUUUGUUGUUAACCAGAUCGGCAGAGGUUUCUGUCACCUUGGAACCGCCAGCUGCUUCGGCCCCUACAACGGUCUCGCCCGUCUUCAGAAGACCCUGCAAGCCCGCAAGGCCGAUGCGCCCGCCGGAUCCUACACUGCCCGCCUUUUCAACGAACCCAAGCUUACCCAGGCCAAGAUCAUGGAGGAGGCUGAUGAGCUGUGCCGCGCCAACACCAAGGAAGAGAUUGCCUUUGAGGCUGCGGAUCUGCUCUACUUCGCUCUGACUCGCUGCGUUGCGGCCGGUGUCAGUCUCGAGGAUGUGGAGAGAAACCUGGAUCUCAAGAGUCUGAAGGUGAAGAGAAGAAAGGGCGAUGCCAAGGGCCCCUGGGCCGAGAAGGCUGGCCUGGCCGAAUCGAAGCCCGCUGCAGAGCCCGCUAAGCCUGCCGAGCCCGCUCCCAAGGUCGACGAGCCCAUGCAGAUGACCCGUGUUGUUACCGCUUCGACCCCCGAAAAUGUCGUCCAGGACUACCUCAAGCGUCCCUCUCAGAAGUCCAACGAUGCUAUCGUCGCUCUCGUUCGCCCCAUCAUCGACGACGUCCGCAAGAACGGUGACGCCGGCGUGCUCAAGUACACCCACAAGUUCGAAAAGGCCACUUCUUUGACCUCUCCGGUGCUCAGCGCUCCCUUCCCGCCUGAGCUGAUGAAGCUGUCCCCCGAGACGCAAGAGGCCAUUGAUAUCAGUAUCUCCAACAUUGCCAAGUUCCACAGCGCCCAGAAGGACAGCAACGAGGGCUUGAAGGUGGAGACCAUGCCGGGCGUGGUCUGCUCUCGUUUCUCUCGCCCCAUUGAGCGCGUCGGUCUCUACAUCCCCGGUGGUACUGCCGUUCUGCCGUCGACUGCCAUGAUGCUGGGUGUUCCCGCCAUGGUGGCUGGCUGCAAGAAGCUUGUCUUCGCUUCUCCUCCUCGCGCGGAUGGCAGCAUCUCGCCUGAGAUUGUCUAUGUUGCGCACAAGGUCGGCGCUGAAAGCAUCGUGCUUGCCGGUGGUGCUCAGGCAGUCGCUGCUAUGGCGUACGGCACGGAGAGCGUCAGCAAGGUGGACAAGAUCCUGGGUCCUGGCAACCAGUUCGUCACUGCCGCCAAGAUGUUGGUCGCCAACGACACCUCCGCCGGUGUCAGCAUUGACAUGCCCGCUGGACCCAGUGAAGUGCUGGUGAUUGCGGACAAGGACGCCAACCCUGCGUUCGUUGCUUCUGAUUUGCUGAGUCAGGCCGAGCACGGCGUGGACUCGCAGGUCAUUCUCAUUGCCAUUGACUUGAACGAGGAGCAGCUUCAGGCCAUCGAGAAGGAGGUUGACGUCCAGGCCAAGGCUCUGCCCCGUGUGGACAUCGUCAAGGGCUCUCUGGCGCACUCGGUCACUUUCGUUGUGCGCGAUCUCGAGGAGGCCAUGGCUCUCAGCAACGACUACGCUCCGGAGCACUUGAUCCUGCAGAUCCAGAACGCCGAGGUGGCAGUUGAGCAGGUGCAGAACGCGGGUAGUGUGUUCAUCGGCCAGUGGACCCCGGAGAGUGUGGGCGAUUACUCUGCCGGUGUCAACCACUCUUUGCCAACCUACGGAUACGCCAAGCAGUACUCCGGAGUGAACCUGGGAUCCUUCCUCAAGCACAUCACCAGCUCGAACCUCACGGCAGACGGUCUGCUAGGCCUGUCUCGCACGGUGGAGCAGCUGGCAGCAGUGGAGGGACUGGAUGCGCACAAGCGGGCCGUGAGCAUCCGCGUGGCACACAUGAAGAAGCAGCAGGCAUGAUUUGUAUCAGCGGUUUACGAUUCGACGCAUGUAAUAUGAGCAUAGCAAUAAAAGG